UCUCACACCUUGUGGUAUUUUGCAACACUGCGGCGAAGAGAAAGGUAACCCUAGACACUUUCUAUUUUCUGAUUGCGUUGUUGUCGAGAAAAACUUUGUAAAAAUAAAGAUUUUCCAUUACGAUUGUCCGGAAUAGCAGACAUCCAAGGUUCCAGUUGCAAAACUGAAUUCGCACCAGCAGCAAAGCAGCAGAACCAGCAGCGAGUAGAAAAUCGAAGAGAUCCACGCGAUGGCCGAAGUGGAGAAACCGACGGCCGCACCGCCGACUGAUAUUCCCCAGGCCACGCCUACAAAUGUUAGCCAUCCCGGCUCGCCAACGGAUGAAGCAACUGUGGAGCUGGGCACCUCGCCCACCCAGGAGCCUUCGAGCAACAACUCGCAUCCGCACGACUCCGAGUACGAUACGGCUAGCGACUUGGAAGGAGGUGAUGACUACGACGACGAUGAAAGCGUUAGCCGGAGUGGUAGUGGCAGCCGAAGCGGCAGUGGCAGUGAAGAGGAGACGGAGACCGAUGACGAGGAGGAAGCCGGGAGCGAGACGGAUGAUGGCGAGGGAGAGCACGCCCUGGACCGCUCUGCCACCGAUAGCGAGGCCCAGAAGAAAGUAGACGAGGAUCGCAGCAAUCCCCAGUAUAUACCCAAAAGAGGCACUUUCUAUGAACACGACGACCGAACCGCGGAGCACGAGGGCGACGUCCUGGCCGAGCCGGAAAACAGCGUUCAACAGCAGCCUGAGCAUAAUGGAGAGCUGAAUAACUCGGCUGCAACCGGAGUCGCACCGUCUGGACAACCGCCACAGAUCUCACAAGCCUCCAAGACCAUGCGCAAGUGGCAGCCGGCAUCGGGCGGAGAUCGCUGGUCCCACGACCGUUUUGAGGCCAGCGAGCAGGCUCCUAAAUCACGGGCCGAGCUAUUGCAGACGUACGGAUACGACAUCCGGAAUGAAGACGCUCCGCCUCGUGCCCGUCGCCGACGGCGUUAUACACGGGGCCCAAGCAAAUACUCAAGGAACUGGGAGGACGAGCAGGCUUACCUGAAGGCAAGUAACAAGGAGCGAAAGUUACCUCGUCCCCAAGACUUCCCUGCGCUCAACGAACGGAAACCGCGCGUUCCGCGCACCUCCUCUCUGCGCGAGGAGAAAGAGAAUCGCCGAUCCGCUGGUAGUGGAAAUGCUGGAGUUGACAAACAGCAGGGCCCACCUGCUGGCUCAAAUCCCCACAAGUCUCAGGAGAGAGAAAGGGAGCGGGAUCGUGAGCGCGACCGCGAGCCCAAAAACCGAAAUUACGGACGCAUGAACGGAGGACCGGGAAGGCAAAAUGCCAUGGAGUUCAAGCCAAAGUCCAAUCGCGGACAGCAACCACGAGAACGUGAAAGGGAACGUGACCAUCAAGACAACCGCAACCAAAAUGCGAACACACCACGCUCCAAUCAGCAGCAGCCGCAACAGCAGCCACAGCAGCAUAAGCAGCAGCAGCAACAACACCGCCAGCCGCCGCAGCAACAGCAGCAGCAGCUGGCGCCUCAGACCCCUCUCUCCACAACGAACCUUUCUCAGCGACUUCAGCAAGUGCAGCAGCGAAACGACCCUAGCCACGUUGGCAGUGUCCAGAUGCAUUCGGUGGCCAGUCAGAACCAGAACCAACAGCAGCAGGCGCCCCUGCAUCAGGAGCAGAGAAAUGCUCCUAAGCGGUACUCCAGUCUGCGCCGCUCUCAACAGGAAGCCAACCAACAUCUCGCUGAGCAGCAGCAACAACAGCAGUUGCAACAACAAAUGCACCAUCAGCCCCCAUCACAGAUUAUGAUCCAGGACCCGCAUGUCCUUAUGCAGAUAGCUUACCAGCAGCAAGAGCUCCAAGCUCAGCUGCAGACGAUGCAAUUGGGACCCAACACGGCGGCGACGGUGCCAGCACCACCCAAAUCUCAUGCUCCACCGGCAGCCGCUUAUCCACAGGCUCAGGGAGCACCCUACUAUGUGACGGGAACGGAGCCGGUUCCGGUUCCGGUGCCUGUGCCGGUGCCCGUUCCACAGCCGGCGUAUGUAAAUCCGGCCAGCGCUGCAUACUUGCCUACUACUCCGGCAGCUGUGGCCUACGCCCAGGCGCAGACUCCUGCUGCGGCACCGCCGCCAGCCCAGGCCCCUCAAGCUCAGCCAACGCAAUCGUAUCAGAACUACAACACAGUCGGGGGCACCACUUACUUUGUGCCGCCGGCGCAGCCAACUAACCGGCCUACUUCACUGCCCCAACGUCGACCAACCAAUGCGAUUCCCAUCCUGCCGCCCUCUGAGAAACACAAGUCAAGACCGGGACAGGCUGGAGCUGCCUCUGGAGGAGGAUCUAAUUCGGGAGGAAAUGCAGCCAAUGCCAAGGAAGACGGAACCGCUGAUAACAUCGACCACAUUAUAGACAACAUGUUUGUGCAGCGACCAGCUUUCCAGACAUCGGGAACUGGGGAAGGUGCAGCCCCUGCUGGAGGACCCGCUUCAAAGGAUGAUGCACCACCGGCCCCAGCUGGUGAACAAAACCUUCAGGCCGUGCCGGCCACUGGGCAGGAAUGAGUGCACCUCUACGCCAGCGUGCAGCAGAGACGAAUCCAACGGAUAGCACCUAACCCGUCCUCGGGCUUUUCGCUGCUGUCGCCGAACGCUGGCUACUUUCGCCCUCCCAAUCCGUCGCACUAAGCCACUAUUACUCAGCUCAUCGAAGCGAUUUUCCCCCCAUGCUCCCAUUCUUAUUGUCGGGUCUGGGACUCGAUAAACUCCAUGAUUUGUAGAAACACAGUAAGAAAAAAGUGUAAUUAGCAUUUAGCUCCCCGAUAAUCGAACUUACUAACGUCAAGUUUGCGUAUAUAGAAGGAAUAAUUCAUUAUAUAAUCCGGCGUAAGCUCCAUUUAAUUUGUAUGUAGUCUCUAGGACCAGCUGCGGCGCUCGCUUAUCAACUCUGAAGUCACAUUGGCGUUGAACGUAUUGGAGCGGCUGGGCGCUUAGCUUAUUUAGCCGCAUUUUAAAGUUGAAACAUGUAAAAUGUAUUGAAAACCUAAUCGAACAUUGAAUUUAAAUAAACGUUUAACACGAA